AUGGGUAAAGGCAAAAGAGCUCACACAAUUAGUAUUCCCAGCAUCAAUUUGACUAUACCCAAGUCUUCUUCGGAUCACUCCUAUGCUCCCUCUAAUUUUAUUGGCUCGCUUUCGAAGUCGACCUCUGAGCAGACAUCUUCUUUUGUCAAUAACAGCACCGAGAGAUGGCAACCACCCCGCAAGCCCAAAAUGAAAUAUGAUGAUCUCGAGCAUAAAAUGGAAGCCGCUCCUCUUUAUGUUCUUGUCUGCACAUAUCUCAAUUAUUUUGUUCUUAUCCUUUUUGGUCACUUGCGAGACAUUCUCGGCAAACUUUUUAAGCCCCAAGAAUAUGCUCACUUGAAAAUGAAUCAAGGUUAUGCUCCUCUUGUUUCUGAUUUUGACUCCUUUUAUACGCGCCGUCUUUACUUUAGAAUUCGUGAUUGUUUUAAUCGCCCUAUCACUGGUGUUGCAUCUAGAACAGUGAAACUACUUGACCGUGUAUCGAAUGAUUUCAACAAGACAUUUAGAUUGACUGGCACAACAACCGAAGCACUCAACUUUGCUUCCUACAAUUAUCUCGGCUUCUCUGACAACGUAGGCCCUUGUGCUGAUGCUGUAGAACAAGCUACUUUAGAUUUAGGUAUCACUGCUGCUAGUUCUCGUGCAGAAGUUGGUACUACCAAACAUGCCCAAGAAUUAGAACAAAUGGUUGCUCGAUUUGUUGGUAAAGAAGAUGCCAUGUGUGUCAGCAUGGGUUUUGCCACUAACUCUACGACUAUCCCUGGUCUUGUUGGCAAAGGCUGUCUUGUGAUUUCUGAUGAAAUGAACCAUGCUUCUAUUGUCUUUGGUGUUCGUCUCUCUGGUGCUUCUGUUCGUGUGUUCAAACAUAAUAACAUGGAUGAUCUUCGUGAACUUUUACGUGAAGUCAUUUCUCAAGGCCAACCUCGUACACAUCGUCCUUGGAAGAAGAUCUUGGUGAUCGUUGAAGGCAUUUAUUCUAUGGAAGCUACUGUUGUUAACCUUCCGGAACUUAUUGAACUCAAGAAGGAAUUCAAGUUUUAUCUGUACGUUGAUGAAGCCCACUCUAUUGGUGCUCUUGGCGAAAAUGGUGGUGGUGUUUGUGAUUUUUAUGGUGUUGAUCCUGCAGAGGUCGAUAUCCUUAUGGGCACAUUUACCAAAUCCUUUGGUGCAGCAGGUGGUUACAUUGCUGGUGACAAAGCCAUUAUCGAUCACUUACGUACGCGUAACCAUGCUUAUAACUAUGCUGAGCCUAUUUCGGUUCCAGUUGCUCAACAAGUCAUUACCUCCAUGAAGAUUAUUUGUGGCGAAGAUGGUACAGACAUUGGUCGCAAAAAAAUCAAGCAAUUGGCUGAGAAUUCCGUUUACUUUAUUGAACGUUUAAGAGAAAUGGGGUUCAUUGUGUAUGGUGAUCAAGGUAGUCCUGUUGUCCCUCUCUUGUUGUUUAACCCUGCCAAGAUUCCCGCCUUUUCUCGUGAGCUCUUGAAGCGCGGUAUUGCUACUGUUGUUGUAGGCUAUCCUGCUACUCCUAUCAUUACUUCUCGUGCACGUUUCUGUGUCUCUUCUGCGCAUACAAAGGAAGAUCUUGAUAGAGCAUUAGAAGCUAUCUCCGAAGUUGGUGACACUUUGCUUCUUAAAGUCAGCGAGGUCCCCAAAUAA